AUGACCAGUGUGCCCCGAUCUCGUGGUUUAUCCCAGUCCGAUACCAACUCGGGUCCGGGGCUGGCACCAACAUCACAUCAACCAAAACAACAACAACAACUGCAUCCCAGUGUUGGUGGUGUUGGUGCGACCGGGGUCCGACACACAUCACCAUCGGCGACCGCGGCGGCGACCGGAGCCAAUGAUUCGCCCGAUCUAUCUCAUCUUACCCCAGAGGAACGUCGUAUUAUUGAGGAAGUGCUCCAGCGUCAAAAACACGAGGAACAGAUUGAUGCUCAAGUGCUACAGCCACGAGACUUAUUGGCUGCCGAAAAUGCAGACUGCGGACUUGUACACCGUUGUUAUGUGGAUUAG